UAACAGUGACCCAAGAAAGAAACCACCCAUUCCAGCAGCAUUCAAUCAAUGUUCGAAACUCUCCACAUGCCGACUUGAUCUUGUCUCCGUCUCUCCCAUGGAGCCCGCCUCCUGUCAACGCAAACCCAAAAAAACAAGAACAAAAUUCACAAGUUUUCUCGGUUGUUUUGGAUUUUCCAGGAAAGCCAUUCCAUCUCCCGAGAAGAAACCGCAAACAGGUUUGUUUUCUUGGUCUUGGGUUUGCGUCAAGAACUCAGGCGCCAAAACUGUCCCCAUAGACUCUACCGUGCCUGGCAGUGACCGAACCUCUGGUGCCUCGAAGCCAAAGCGUCAAAAAUCCUUAACCAAACACGAGACGCCACGUCAAACUCCUGCGAGAGUCAGUUCAGAUCGAGCACCCAAAGAGAUGCCUGGAGAGACAUGGUACAGGUCUUCUGAACAAGACAUCAUCCUCGAAAAUGGGAAACUCUCGGAUCACGUGGAAACUACAAAGGACGCCACGUGCAAGAAACGAUUGUCCUUUUGCCGGAAAAUAGACGCUAUAAGAACCGGCACUAACCAACCCAGCUCGCCCGAAGUCAAGGAAAAGCCCAUUCGAACUGUGUCGAUAAUAACCCGAUCAGAAUCCUCCCCCUCACAGCCAGUUGAAAGACAGGCAACAAAAACACCAAACACGGCGGCGAGGUCCCGGGUCACGAUUAAGAGGCCUCAUAAAGAAAACGAUCAUCAAAAUGGGAAGAAAAGUGACCACCCCUUCGUUGGUAUGUCAAUCAUUAUAAUGACCAUGGUUUUAAUGCUGGUAUGGGGUAAAUUAUGUGCCAUUCUCUGUACUUCUGCUUGGUUCUACUUCGUUCCUCGACUAAGGAGUGAAGACAGUGUGAGCAAUGGUUUGAUUUCGGCGGAAUCAUUUUAUGAUUCGGAGGAAUAUAAGAAGAAAGUAGUCAUGGAUGGAUUCCUCGAACGAAGCCGCCGCUCUAUAUCAUGAAUUUUGAUGUCGUCGACGAAUUAUCGAAUUCUAGAUAGCCGCAUCAAUUAUGAUUGUUCAUAUUAGUAGCCUUCAGAUUUUUCAAAUGUUAGUAGUUAUGGCCUGUUUUUUUAUUCUUGAUGGUGGCAUUUUGUGUAAAUCGCUUAUAGAAUAUGUCUAGAUUUGGCAAAUAAUCAGUCAAAGUUCUGGAAGUCUGGAUAGUUUCUCCA